AUGUUUGUCGAGGAGGAAAAUAAUAAAAGAAGAAGUUAUGGAUCAAUCUUUGUGUACUGCUUCUUCUGUGUUGUUUUGGUUGUGGGGAUCGUGAGAUUCGCAAAACCUUACGAUAACCUUAGGCAAAACCUAAUGGAGGCAGAAGCAGUGGUAGAAGAAGGAUUCUUUGAUGUGAAGAACUCAGGGAAACCACCAUGUCAGUCCUCGAGAUCUCGCUCUGUCUCGGAUCCUGCUCAUAAUCACGAGAAGCUCACUGCACCGGCGUGGGUCUACAGAGAGCUUCCUCCAACUUCUUACUGCGUAAAGUUCGAGUCUUUUGCGACCAUGAUGAAACAGGUCAAUGAUGGCAAGUACGAGUCACGCCCUUUCUCCGUCGGCGGACACACUUGGUCGCUUCUACUAUAUCCUAACGGGAACAAGCAAGACCGCGCGCCUGCUGGAUACAUGUCGGCUUACGUGAGAAUCCAUAACUCAAGCCUCACGACCAGUGAUGUGUAUGCAGAGAUCAAGUUCUUCUUCUACAGUAAAACUCAAGACAAGUACAAUACACUCGUGGACAAUGUGCCAAAGAGAUUUCAUAUGAUAACUAACCCGGAAUGGGGAAUGCCAAACUUGUACCAUCUUCCGACUUUCCUAGCGCCGCAAAAUGGAUUCGUUUUCAACGGUGGACAAAGUGUGUUUGGGGUUGACGUCUUCGUUACUCCACCCUUUAAGAAUUGGGAAGUUUUCUCUAACGAAGAGAACAUUCGUGACCCUUUUUUGGAUUGGAAUCUCCCCCUAUUUUCUACCCGCUAUCGUGACUCUUACACUUCUGGUUCGUUUUCUUCCGGAGGAAGAGACUGGGUGUUGAAAGUGUAUCCAAAUGGAGCUGGACAUGCAACGGGUAAUCAUUUGUCACUCUAUUUGUUGAGUGCUUCGAAUGAAACUCAUUACGUGCAAGCCAAGUUACGAGUGCUUGACCAGAUCCGGUUUACCCAUUUGGAGAAGCAAGUGGAGGGAUGGCCCAAUGCAACAACAGAAAAUGGUUGGGGUUACGACAAGUUUGUACCACUUGCAGAUAUCAAAAACGCAACCAAAGGUUUCCUCGUCAACGAUACUCUCAAAGUUGAAGUCGAGAUCUUGUCCUUCUCCAAAACCGACUUCUUCUCUGUUUAG